AUGGAAUCUGGCUUCCAUCUCUGUGCUGAUCUCUCUGCAGGCUUUCCCCUGAACCGGCAUAACUCUGUGGUCGGGCAGUAUGCCCAAGCCUGUGUCCAGGCUGGCUGGCAAAGUGGGGCCGAGGUGCUGGACCUCUGGACGCUCAUGCAGAAGGAUGGACAGGACUUCUCCUCCUACCUCUCUGAUGGGCUGCACCUCUCCACCAAAGGAAACCAGUUUGUAGCCGAGCACCUCUGGCCUCUCCUGGAAAAGCGGACUGCAUACCUACCCAUGAUUCUUCCUUACUGGGGAGAUGUGGACACUGACAGCCCAGAAACCAGCCUCCUGAGUAAUGCCAGCCAAUGAUUCUGUGAAACAGCAGUGUUUUGAAAUGAUUGCUGAAUACAUCCUGCUGUGAACACAAUCCACCCACCACAUUGUCCUCUGUAACUGCUUGUCUUGGUUAGCACUGGAGCCUGUUCCAGAGGCUAUGGGCAGAUGUGGUGGAUGUGGACGGGGCCACACACGUUUUUGGACUGUGGGGGAGGAGAAACUGGACCACAUGGGGAAAACAUGCAAUCUCCACACACUGGAGCCUGCCAGGGAUUUGAACCCUGGUCCCAGAGGUGUGAGACGACAGUGCUGUCCAUUGCCGCCCUGCUAAACAUACUGGUUUUUUUUUUUUUUUGUUU